AUUUGACUGAAAGAAAGAUAAGAAAGAAAGAAAGCCGAGAAAGUGACUUACUUACUGGAAAGAGCCGCACAUCUUUCGAGGAUUUUUUUUAGGAGGAACUGCCACUGAUUGAACAUUCCUUCAGAACAUGCUGGACAAGGAAACAAAUGGCAGAAAUCAGUGACCUCUGACGAGACCGUGCUCUCACUUCUAAGGACUUACAGGCAUUUAAAUGAGGAGAAGUCAACAGUCUUGAGUAGAUCUCUCCUGGAAAAUCUCUUGUUUUACUUCAGACUUGUUUCUUGGCGGUCACUGAAAGGAAUUUCACAGUCUAUCAGAGACAUUUUUUGGAGAAAACUGCUCUCUAGGGAAGACUGAAAUUUGAUCGAAUAUUGCUGAAAAUCUGUUAGGCAGCAGAUCAAUCUGAAGACUUGACUUCAGUUGACUUUUCAUUGUAUUUCUCUGAGAUGGAGUUAAAUAUUUCUGGUUAUUCUAUGGACACAUAUUGAUUUUUUCACCAAUUUACCACAUAUUUGCACUACUUUAGACAACUUGUUGAUGAUAUUUGCUGGAGAACGUCACAUAGGUGGUGAGUUGUGAUCUAAUUCUCAAAGGAUACAAUCAACCACCGCUCAUUAUUUUACCGGCUUAUCAACAACUAGUUUAAACUUGAAGACAAAAGCCAGAAAGAGGGAAAGACAGAAAGAGAGAUGGCACAGAAAGAAGGGGGAACAGAGCAGGGGCGUGUUAAGACAGGGGACAGUCUUGGAGCCAAAGCCAUGGCCGGGGCCCCUACAGCAGGUGGAGGAGUGGUGGUGGAAGUCAGGGAGAAGAAGGGACCUCUGCGAGCUGCGAUACCCACAAUGCCUUUCCCUCUGGCAGUCAUCUGUCUGUUUCUGAACACCUUCAUACCUGGGCUCGGCACCUUCAUCUCAGCCUUCACGGUGCUGUGCGGAGCCCGCAGUGAGCUGAUCUCAGAGCGAGGCGUCUGCUGCGUGUUCUGGCUCAACGUGGCGGCGGCCCUCAUCCAGAUCCUGACAGCUGUUAUCAUGGUCGGAUGGAUCAUGAGCAUCUUCUGGGGAAUGGACAUGGUCAUCCUGGCAAUUUCUGACGGCUACAGAGACCAGGGUCUUCCUCAGGACGUCUGAGAGAGGUCGCUCUCACGUUUGCUGAUCGAUCACAUGGACAGUUCGACCUCCUCACCCUCCCCGAUGACGCGUGACGCGUGACGGUGACCUUUACCUUUGUGAUGACCUGUAGCUGUCUGUCUUUCCACCGCCGGACCGCAGAGAGAAGCAGAGACAUGAAAAUAAAUUAGCCUCUUGGAAAAAGGAAGAGAUGCAGCUGCUCUGUCGGAAACCUUCUGAUGGCACGCUGACGAUUGGUUGACACCAGGCCGCAUUUAUGCUUGAAGCUGAAGGAAUGAGACGGGGAAGAGAGACUAAAGCUGUACAAAACUGAACGUGUUUGUAUUUGUUGAGUGAUUUUAAUGGUGGUUUUUGAAUUCUGUCUUUUGAUAUUUUUCAUUUGAUCUAUCUGACAAAAACGUGCAGACCACCAGCCUGCAUGACAUGAUGGAGAAGGAGGAAAUACGAUGCAUUGGUGCGACUGUGUGAGAAAUUUAAGGUGUUGAUUUCCAAACUUUAUUUCUGUAUUUUUGAAUGACAAAAAAAAACAAAAAAAAACAUGUUGUACAUAAAAUUGCUGUAACAGGUGUUUUCAGAUCCCACCACCAGGCUCAUAACAGUGUUCCAUUGCAACCAGAAAGGAGCAUGUGACCGAACUAUAAAUUACCCUGAUAACUUGGUCUUGAUGGAGGUGCUUGCAACCCAUCCGUUAAUCUACACUUACUGUAGGUGCAGCGUUUCCUUCCUUCCAAGCAAUAUUUUACUGUAUGAGCAAGCGCAUCUUUAACACGCUGCAUCUGCCAAUCACAAGAUGUGUGUCAUGCUGAAACUGCAGGGCUGUGCUGAAAGUGACUCAUGCCUCCUGAUAAUCCUUCGGUUCAAGUUUUCACAGCUCUUAAAAGUGUAAAUCAGUGUCAGGGGGAGAUUAUACGUCAUUAGAACACUGUAUUCUAAUGACCAGGCUCCCACUCUCGGGAACCGUAGUUGACACCCUGUCUGACACAUUAUGACAAAGAUAUAAUUACAGUAAUGUCAUUCAAAUUUGUGACGGAGGUGCUUUGUUUGAACAGCUAUUCCUGACUUGUUUGGUAAGAGUCGUGCAUCCAUAAGCAGUUCUAAACACCAGAAGAGAAUAAUGUAUAUUCAGACAAUUAGGUUGUUCAGUUUACAGUUUUGUGUGUACAUUAUGUACAUAUUAAUGUGUGGGUGUUUGUGUGUGCAAUAAUGGAUAUGAGAGGGUCUGUAGGUCAUAAUUAAAGAUGGAAAAUUCUAUUAUGUACAAGGCUCAAGGCGGUGUCAUAUUCAACACAACUGCUGGUCCAAACAAAGCCUUUCCCGUGAUACCACAUCAGCUUUCUCAUGCGCGGUAUCAUUGGCUUGCUUCCCUGAGCCAGGCAUCUCAAACCGGUUCCAUAAAGGGCCGCGUGGCUGCAGGUU